ACAACGUUUGGUAUGUGUGAUUGUGUAUGUCGCAUCAGCUAAAAGCUGAGACAAAACAAUCUCAACUAUCUCAACAAUCACAACUAAAAGUUGAUAUAUAACAAUCACUCAAAAUGAGUGAUAGUUUCUGUCACAUCACAGAAACAAUCCAUGUAUUGUUUCUGCUAAAAACAAAAAAAUGAUGCAUUGUAAACCAUACAUGCAUAAUGACAAUUUCAACAAAACUAUCGCAACUUUCAAACUACUCCUUGGAUAUCAGAAGAACAGAAGAUCUGGGCCACUGUGACACGACCUAUGUAGGCCCAAUUAGAGGCCCAUUGUAUUUUCCACGCCAAAGAAAAAGGAAAAAAAAAAGAAUAAAAGCCAGAAACGCAAUCAUAAAGUCGGACAGGUGUCCCCUAAAAUAAGGCUUACCCUUUAUCAUACGCCCUCUAAAUUCGGUCUUUCUAUGAUAGCGAAGGGCCGCCAUGCCCCCCACAGGGACUGCCUGCCAGUUAUGAUCCGAUACGGACAGGCGGCAACCGCAGCUUACUUGGCACCAUAUGCGACUGUACGCGUGGCGGUGGGAACAGAUCUGAGCCGUCCAUUGAAUAUCUAUGAGUGGAAGAGUGGGGGCCGGCUGGUGAAGUUUGCAUUAUUUGUGUGGGGAGGUGGGAAUUGGGAGUUUGGGACGGUAGGGUGGUGAAGUUUCAACUUUCUAAGUUUCCAGUCUUGUCGUAUUUGAUUGGGGAAAUGAUCACUGAUGCCUUUCUUCAUGGAAAAAAAAAACAUAGUUGCAUGAAAUCUAACCCGAAAAUUUGUCGUUAGGGUAUUUUAUGUCAAAAUUGUGGUUUAAUCGUAGUUCAAAUGUUAGUACUGUUGAAUACCGUCUAUCGGUUAGCGUCCGGUACUAAUAUUUUAUUGUUGAACCCCAAUACGAUACGAUUUCAUGGACCAUGGGAAAAAAAUUGGAAUUGCUGGGUAGUGGUUCCUAAUGGUGAAAACUGGCAAUUGCCCAACAAGUCUUAAGGAUUUUCUUAUAUGAUGUCCUAUAACGUGAAAACUGACAAUGGAAGGAAUAUUUCGUUAUGUACUCACUGUAAGGCUCCGACGUUCCGUGCAAUGGAAGGAGAAGAGAAUUGGGGGGUUAAUUUAUCGAUAACGGUAUAAGUUGUGUUUUGACGGUAAAAUAUGGUGAUAAUUGAUUAAUAUGAAUUAUGGGUUGAAAUUAGUCAAUAUAUAUAUAUAUAUAUAAUUAUUUGAUACGGUGACAAAAAAAAUCUGAUGGAAGUUAAUCAAUAUUUUGAUACAAUUUGUAGUACAAUUUUAUAAUUUGGAAUCACAACUAUAUUGUCAUGGGACAUUUGAUUUUGACAAAAAAAAAACUAAUUUUCUAAGAAUCGUACUUUAUUAGUCUUUGAUCAUCCUCCUACAAUAAGAUGACAAGUGGCAUUUUAAAUUUAGUAUUCUUUCUAACUUAGGAUUGUUUGUGUUGGCAUUGUGGAAUAUAUUCUUAGUCAUUCGUUCGAAUGAGCUAAAAUGCAAGCAAAUGAGCUGAUAUAUCAACACAAUUUUCAAGUACUUAGGAAUCUAGUAGGAUUGUGGAAUAGGCAAAUGUUAUUUGAGACCGGGGAUACUAUACCAAACUCAUGAUCAUUAUCAAUUUUUGUAAUUAAGGUCCUUUGGUUUAUGUAUUGUUUGGAUGUGAUUGAUACAAUUCGUUAACAAUUUGUCGUUUUAUGUUUUUUUUAUGCACAGACAAUAUAUGUGAUUAGUUGAUGUAACAGAAACAAUAAUUCAUAACAAAUGAUUGUAUGAUCU